AGCUGUAAAUCAACAAGAAGAGGUGUUUUCUGUCUUUUCUUGGUCAUUUUAAUCAAUUUUGUUUGAAAUUGAAUUUUUCGAGAAUCAAAGAAAAUGGCAUCGAUCCUAGAUCAAUAUGGUGGUGGCAAGCAAACCGGUGGUAUUAUUAAUCUGCGAUCCGAUCAAAUGGAACCAAUUUUUAUGAAAAAUAAAAUUGAUUUUCGUCCAAAUUAUCCGAUAACCAAUAUGGUUGUAUCGAAUAAUCAACUUUUAUUGUCGAUGGAAAAUUUUCAUUUACUCAAGAUUGAUCUGAUGAAUCCAAACAAACCAAUCGAAUUGGAUUUAAAUCCAUAUCUAGUAUCGAUUAAAUCACCAAAUCGUCCAGUUAUUCUGGGAAUAUUUAUCGAUCCAACUGGUCAACAUUGUUUAAUAACUGUUGGACAACGUUUAAAACAUGAUUUACCAUUCAAUGAUAAUCCAAUAAUACCGUUUGAAAAUUUUUAUUAUUAUCGUAAAUUAUCGCAAUUGAAUAAAAUGAAAGGUCAUAUUAUAACUGCUGUUGGAUGGAUUGAUCAACAACAACCAACUGGACAAUGUGGAAAUUUAUUAAUCGGUACGAAUGAAGGAAAAUUGUAUGAAACACAUCUACAAUCAGAUGAUCGUUUUCUUCAAUCACGUGAAUUAUCAUUUUGGAAAUUUAUCUGUGAUUUAUCACCACAAUCAUCAACAACAAAUCAUCAAAAUCCCGAUUCAUUAUCAUUAUCAUCAGCAUCUAAUUCAUAUGAUCCAAACAAAUCAACAACCGCAGCAGCAAACAUUUCUUCUUCUAAUCAUCAAAUUCCGACAACAACAAUCAAACAUGAACCAAUUUGUUCGAUAAGAAUAUUUCGAUUGAAAAAUUCUUUUGAUUUAGAAUAUUGUAUAUUGAUUGCAACCCGUAAUUUUAUCUAUCAAUAUAUUGGACGAUUAUCUUCAUCUAUACAGGUUGCCGGUGGUAGUGGAAAUAGUGGUGGAGGUGGUCAAACUUCUAAUAUCGAUUUCGUUGCUGGUAGUAACAAUAAUCCUGCUGGCCAAUCGACAAUAAUCGAUGGACAACCAUAUCUUUAUCAGAUAAUACAAUCAACAACAAUAAACAAUCAAAAAACAUUUAAAGAAAUGCCUGGUUAUAUUCCGGUAACUAAAUUAGAUCUAUAUCAGCCAUCAUUAUCAUCAUCAUCAUCUAUAUCGACAAAUCAAGAUCAAUCAAAUAGAAAUAGUAAUUAUCCAUUAUCAUUUGGUUGGUUAACUGAACCGGGUAUAUUUUAUGGUGAAAUACCGGAAAAUCUUGCUUAUAAUAAUAAUGAACGAAAAAUUUUCGAUAAUGCACAAGUAAUUUUAUAUUCAGAUUUAAAUCCAUCAAUGUCAUCGUCGAAAACAUCAAAAGACACAUCAUCUGCAGCAACAAAUCGUCAUCGAUCAAUACCAAAAUCAUUAAUAUUAACUCGAUUUCAUUUAAUGUUGUUAUAUUCACAAAAACUGCAAGUUUAUUGUUUAUUAAAUCGUGAAUUAAUAUGGGAAGAUCGUUUUAUUGGUGGUGAAAUUGUUGAAGAUUUAAUUAAAGAUCCACAACGUAAUACAAUAUGGUUAUAUACAAAAAAUUCUGUUUAUCGUUAUCGUAUUGAUCGUGAAGAUCGUAAUAUUUGGGAAAUUUAUCUGCAACGAAAAGAUUUUGAUUUAGCUAAACGUUAUGCCCGAAAUGAUCUGAUAAAAAUGGAUCGUAUUGUUUGUGAAGAAGCAUUGUAUAAUUUUGCUAAUAAAAAUUAUAAAAAAAGUGCACAACUUUUUACCGAAACACAGGCAAUUUCAUUUGAAGAAAUUACAUUGAAAUUUAUUGAACUGCGUAAUAAUAAUAAUGAUAAUAAUAAUGAUCAACAGCAAGAUGCAUUGAAAGAAUUUUUAUUGAAUAAAUUGAAAAAAUUAUCCGUGGAAAAACAACAAACACAGAUAAUCAUUUUAUUAUUAUGGUUAUUUGAAUUGAUGCUUAAUCAAUUGGCCCGAUUGAAAUCAUCGUUGUCAUCCAUAAUCAUUGGUGAUGAUGAUGGUGAUGAUAAGUUGAAAAAUAAACAGCAUCAACAACAACAACAACAACAGGAAAUUGAAAAUGGAUUAAAACAAUUAAUUUCCAAUCCAAAUUAUAGAAAAUCAUUACAAAAUAAUCGAAAAAUUUUCUACAAUAUUAUUUUGAAUCAUGAUAAUCAACAAAUUUAUGAAUAUUUUGCCGAAAAAAUUGGUGAUUUUGAUUGUCUGCUUGAACAUUAUUAUCGUGGAAAAAAUUAUCAUCAGAUGCUUUGUUUAAUGAGACGUGAAGAAUGUUUGGAAUUUUAUUAUAAAUAUUCACCUAUUUUGAUACAAAAUCUGCCAAAAGAAUUGAUUGAUUGUUUAAUACCGUUGGCAUCGGAAUUAGAUAUGACCAGAUUGAUUCCAUCGUUGGUACAUUUUGAUCAUUUUACUGAUGAUGAUAGUAAUGAUUCUGGAAAAAAUAAUCAAGAUGAACGUCGUGAACAUCAAUGCAAAGAAAUUUUACGUUUUUUGGAAUUUUGUGUUUACGAUCUGAACAUUCGUGAUGAAAUUGUACAUAAUUAUUUUCUAACAUUAAUGAUACAAUAUAAACCGGAUAAAUUACUUUUAUAUUUGAAUAAUAUUCAACAACAACAACAACAAACUGGUGGUACUGCUGGCGAUCUGUUUGGAUCGAAUGCUACUGAUAAUCAGUCGUCGACAACAUGGAAAUUUCCAUUUGAUCCAAGUUAUGCUGUUAGAAUUUGUCUACAACAACAGCAACAAAAUCCAAAAAAUUCAAAUAAUUCGGUACCACCAAGUGCAUUAGUACAGCUAUUAUCAACAAUGGGUGCAUAUGAAGAAGCAAUUGAACAAGCAUUACAUGUUAAUGAUGUACAGCUAGCAAAACAAAUGGCAAAUCAAGUACAACAACAAUCGAUUAUCAAUGAUCAUCAUUCCAAUUAUCAUCACCAUCAUUCGAAUCAAGAUCUGGCUAAACGUUUAUGGUUAAAAAUUGCUAAACAUGUUAUUAAAAAUAUCUAUUCGGAUGACCAUCAUGGUCAAGAUGAUCAUCAACAAAAUGGUCAGACGAAAAAUUUCGAUAUAACAAUGGCAACAAGCAUACUUUCGGAAUGUUCAUUAUUAAAAAUUGAAGAUAUUCUACCAUAUUUCCCGGAAUAUCUUACCAUUGAUCAUUUUAAAUCAGCCAUAUGUCAAUCAUUAGAAAAUUAUAAUGAAAAUAUUGAAUCAUUACGUGAUGAUAUGAAAUUAGCAACCGAAUCUGCUGAACAAAUUCGUGAUGAAAUUGCCCGUCUGCGUAAUCGUUUUCAAAUAAUAAAUUCAUCCGAUUCAUGUUCAAUAUGUUUAUUCCCUGCGAUAAAUGAACAUUUUUUUUCCUUUCCAUCAUGUGGACAUUUAUUUCAUUAUAAAUGUUUGCUUAAAGAAAUUGUUGAAUAUCUGGAUCCUGAUAAUCGUAUUCGUUUGGAGGCAAUUUUAUCCGAAAUAAAAUCCAUUCAAAAUCAAUUACAAACACUGAUGUCACCUGGUUCGCUCAAGCCAAAUCAAAGUUCAUCAACGUUUGAACAACCGCAACAAUCAACGACAACAGAAUCAUCAUCCAUAACAUUAACAAAUCGUUUGGAAAAAUUGAAUGAAAAUUUAGAAGAUUUAAUCGGUAAUGAAUGUUUGCUUUGUGGUAAUUUGAUGAUUGAAACAAUCGAUAAAUCAUUUAUCGAUAAUGAUCGUGAUCGUGAUCAGAUUCGUGGUUGGAAUUGAAAAUCAAUUUCUUUACCGAAAAUAUUUUUCAAUAAAAAAAUUCAAAUCAAAGUUUCAUCUUGGUUAUUUUAUCCCAGUGAAAGUAAUUUACAAGAAAAAAAAAAAUGUUUUUUUUAAUGAUCAAAAU